AUGGUUUCUGUCUUGCUCUCCUUGAGUCUUUCCCAUCUGGGCCUGUGGGCUGCUGGAUUGAUCUCGAUCUUAGGCUUCUUCAAGCUCAUCCGUCUGCUGUUGAGGAGGCAGAUGCUGGCCAGGGCUAUGGACAGUUUCCCAGGUCCCCCCACCCACUGGCUCUUCGGGCAUGCUCAGGAGAUCCAGCAGACAGGGAGCCUGGACAAGGUGGUAUCCUGGGCCCACCAGUUCCCUUAUGCCCACCCACUCUGGCUUGGACAGUUCCUUGGCUUCCUGAACAUCUCUGAGCCCGACUAUGCCAAAGCUGUGUACAGCCGAGGGGAUCCUAAGGCUGCGGAUGUGUAUGACUUCUUCCUCCAGUGGAUUGGGAGAGGCCUCCUGGUGCUCCAGAGGCCCAAGUGGUAUCAGCACCACAAGCUGCUCACACCUGGCUUCCACGACGAUGUGCUGAACCCCUACGUGGCUGUGUUCGCCAACUCCACGCACGCUAUGCUGGACAAGUGGGAGGAAAAGCCUCGUGAGGAUAAGAGCUUUGACAUCUUCUGUGAUGUGGGCCACAUGGCACUGGACUCACUCACGAAGUGCACCUUUGGCAAAGGAGACAGUGGUCCGGGCCACAGGGACGGUAGCUACUACUCGGCUGUCAGCGACCUCACUCUGCUUAUGCAGCAGCGCACUGAGUCCUCCCAGUACCAGAACGACUUCAUCUACUGGCUCACCCCACGUGGUCGCUGUUUCCUGCAGGCCUGCCAGGCAGCCCACGACCGCACAGACCAGGUCAUCAGGGAAUGAAAGGCAGCCCUGCAGGAUGAGAAAGAGCAGCAGAAGAUCCAGAGCUGGAGACACCUGGACUUCCUGGACAUUCUUCUGGGGGCUCAGGAUGAAAAUGGGAUCAAGUUGUCAGACGCAGAUCUCCGGGCUGAGGUGGACACAUUCAUGUUUGAAGGCCAUGACACCACCACCAGUGGCAUCUGUUGGUUUCUCUACUGCAUGGCCCUGCACCCCGAGCACCAGCAUCGUUGUCGGGAGGAGGUCUGUGAGAUCCUUGGGGACUGGGAUUCCUUCCAGUGGGAUGAUCUGGGGAAGAUGACCUACUUGACCAUGUGCAUCAAGGAGAGCUUCUGCCUCUACCUACUGCCCCAGGUGUACCGCCAGCUCAGCAAGUUUGUCAACUUUGUGGAUGGCCGCUCCCUACUAUCAGGCAGCCUGAUCUCUCUGCACAUCUAUGCCCUCCAUAGGAACAGCGUAGUAUGGCCUGACCCUGAGGUCUUUGACCCUCUAUGCUUUUCCCCUGAGAAUGUGGCCACACGCCACCCCUUCGCCUUCAUGCCCUUCUCUGCUGGGCCCAGGAACUGCAUCGGGCAGCAGUUUGCCAUGAAUGAGAUGAAGGUGGUCACAGCCCUCUGCUUGCUCCGCUUUGAGUUCACCCUGGACCCCUUGCGGCCCCCCAUCAAGAUGCCCCAGCUGAUCCUGCGCUCCAAGAAUGGCAUCUACCUCCGCCUGAAGUCGCUGCGCCCAGGCUCUGGGAAGUAG